GGAGUCAGAGAGCGCCAUGGACGACACUUGCGCACUCACGUCACCACAGCCAGGGCGCAAUCCAUAUCCACUGACGGUGACACACUUUGCCUUUGAUCUGAGCCUGAGCUUCAGUUUGAAGUCUUUGCCCCUGGCUGGUUCUUCUGUCGCCCAUGACUUUUGCCACAAUCCUUUUUUCUUUUCUUUCGCAGCAGUUGCUAAAACAAACGACGUUGUUGUACCUGCGAAGUGGAAGGCCGUCGUCUGUUCUUCUUGUCCGCUAAACCAUUCAUUGGGCACUGACCUGUGAGUAAGGGUCGUGACACGCGCGAUCGCCAGCUGGUUGGGCAACUGGCCUCAACGCUCAUGUUGGAGAGAGAUUUUCCCCUUUCAAGCGUGCUUUCUCGUACUCUAAACUAACUACGUUUUUGGGAAAUAGCGAGCUAGGAGCACUUCUGCCACUUCGAAUCCGCGAUCCAAGAUAGACUUGGCCGCGAAUCAUUCUAUUUGUAGCUUUGUGGUAGCGGACAGCAGGGAUGCCUGCAGGCGGCAAGAAAGGACGCUAUGCAAGAGUUCCAACGGUAGAGUACCCUCCUCAGGCUGGAGAGUUGCACGGACAUCGGCUCGAUGAUGGCGCCGACCUGGAAAUGAAAGAACUUCACGUUGAUGCAGAUGCCGAUGACGACCACGCCGAGCCUCCAGUGGCCGGCGACUCGUGGGAUCUGCUUCGUAAAUCGCGCGACAAGUCCGCAGGAGAGGCUCCAAUCUAUCCCACGGCGCCGCCAAAGAAAGGAAACUGCAAACUAGCUGCCGCACUGCUCACGGUUAUUGUCGCUGGGGCAUUCCUGGCCAUCCAGAUCUGGGCUAUUUAUCACGAGAAGGCCGAUGGUGGAAAUACCAAGAACAAUGCCACGAGCAGCAGCAGCACAGGUCCUGUAAUUAGCCCGACCAGCACAAGUGCGAACGAAGGGCUUAGCCAAAGCCCCUUUCUCCUCAGUGGCCCGUUGAGACAGGGGCUCUCGAAGUCGAAGUGUCAGAGUGCGGAGUACGUGCAACGCGUACAAUCCCUGUACAGCGGCAGCAGUAACGGCCGAGACAUCAGCUGGUCCACCACGCCGCAUCCCGGUCUGCUCUCGGAGAGUGCGGUGCGGCUGAUCGAUGUCAACCAAGAUGGCGUGCUGGACAUGAUUGUUGGUGUUGGACUCAUGGGUAACGAUGUACUGAUGCCGGAGAGCAAUGCGUCGUGUCCAAUACUGGGAUUGAAUCCUUGCGGAGGCGCCGUAUUCGCGCUGGACGGCCGAAGCGGGGAUACGAUUUGGAAGCACGGGAUGAAACAGGAGGUUUUCUCCGUCAUCUGCGGCCUCCUGGAUGGAAACGGCGACGGGCAAAUGGAUUGCCUGUUGUCCGGGCGCUUCUCGCAGCUGGAGCUGAUCGACGCACGCACUGGCAACACGCUGUGGAGCUCCUUCGACUACCUGGGCGCGUUCAAGAUCUCCAACCUCUACAUGCCGAGCGUGGUGGACGACGUGGAUGACGAUGGCGUGUCUGACGUGGUGGUGGCGCAAGGCGGGGACUCGCGCGCCUCGCCCUGGGAGGUGUGCCGUCAUCCCGGCGACGUCCGCGUCAUCUCCGGCGCCACCGGCCGCCCGAUCGGCGAGGGCAUAUCGGUACCGGAGGGUCGCGAGACCUACAUGUCACCGGUGGUGUUCACACCGCCCAGCGGCGAGCGCAUCGUGCUCUUCGGCAGCGGCGGAGAGUCGAUCAACGGCUCUCUGUGGGCAAUUCGCCUCAAGGACCUCGUGUCCAGGUCGCGCGGAAAACGCGUGAAGAAGUGGUCGUGGCUGGGCAAGCAGUCGGAGGACGCGGUCAGCCCGGGCGCGGUGCGCGUGAUCGAGGGCGUCGGCCGCGGCGUUGCCGUGCCGCCCAUCUUUGCCGAGAUGACGGGCGACGACCAGCAGGACAUCCUGGUGUCGGUGUUCGACGGCACACUCAUGCUGAUCGAUGGCAAGACGGAGAAGGUUGUGUGGAAGCGUACUAGUCCAGGGUAUGAGUUCUACAGCUCCCCCACCAUUGGCCGCUUCAACAACGACUCGACGCCGGACGUGCUGGUGCAGAUGAACCAGGGCCAGUGGUUCACGAUGAGCUACAACCAUUCAGUCAUGCUGAUGCUGGACGGGCGCACCGGUGAGGUGCUGUGGCAGAUGAGAACGGUGAUCGCCGGCACCCGAUCGCCGUUGGUGCUUCGGCGCGGCGCCGACGACCCGCGCGGCGACGUCUUCCUCUUCUGGAUAGCCGGCAGACGGGUGUGGAAGGGCACGAAGAUCAUUGCUGACGACUGCGCCGCUUGUCCGAACGACGGCAGUAAGAAGAGGAAAAGGCGAAACGCUGGUGUUGCUGCCGAUAGAGGUCGGCGUGGAGCUGUGGACACAUCGGCCGGCAUGGGACAGUUUGUGGCCGAGCACGAGGAGCAUCGGCGCGACAAACGACACGCCGGGCAUCAGGACGAGUCGUACGUGCCCCCGGACGGCGUGACGUGCACCGCCGAGCAGAGGCGAGAAGGCCAGCGCAUCCGCAACAUCUCCUUCGCCACCGUCGCCACCACCGCCAAGGAAAGGGGAGUUGGCUACAGGCAGGCCGGGUGCGACGUGGACGAGAGCGUGUACGACUUUGAGACGUUCGUCGUGGACCAUGAUCACCGGUGCAGUCCAAUCAGACUGGACGACUUCACGCAGAAAAGCAUCACUUACGGUGCUGUCAAGAAGAUGUACCAGCAUGAUCCGACCUGGCGGACGUACGUUCAGCUGAUGAAGGAGCAGCGCCAUAAGCAGCAGCACGAGGAUGAUCACUCUGCAUCGCAGCAACAGGAGAACACUGAAUUGCAGUUCGAGCAGGAGAACGCUGAAUCACAAGAGAACACUGGGUCGCAGCCUGCACAGGAGAACACUGAGUCGCAGUUAGAUCGGGAAGAGUCCGAGUCGCGACCGGCUCGCCAUAGUGAGGACGAGCACGUCGAGGAAGAGAACGAUAUCGAGCAUGUGGACAUGAUAGCGUCUAUGGACGCCAGGACGAAUUUCGCCACAGUUCCCAGCGAUGACCCACGCUUGUGUGCCAUGAUGCGUCCGCAGCUGAUGGGCUCGGCAGCGCUGGGCGAUUUGGACCGAGACGGUAGGUAUGAAGUACUGAUGCCGACAAGCCACCUUGCCAUGGUCAUCGACAAGCGCGGUAGCUAUGUGCGCAACGAGGGCAUGACAUCAUUCCAGGCGCGUUCCCUCUUCCACGGCGGUAAGAUGACGAUGAUGAGUCACUGUGAUCCCGGCGGCAAGGGAAGGGAAAUCCCCCUCGACGAUCCCGCCAUGAUUCACGUCGACAGUAUCAAGCCGGCGUGGGCACAGCCAUGGCAGGGUUACCACGGCACAUGCGGGACGAGCGACGCUUCUUCCCUGCCCUGCUGUGACUCAGUGUGAUUGCGAAGUCGGAUCAUCACUGACACGCUGCUGCGGUUACUUGCGCAUUGCAGUGUCAGAGAUCGACGCUUCUUCCCUGCCCUGCUGUGAAUCUGUGUGAUUGCGAGUCGGAUCAUCACUGACAAGCUGCAGCGGCUACUUGCGCAUUGCCGUGUCAGAGAGCCACGCUUUAUAUUGUAAAGAGUGCAUAACCACCUCUUGAUAAUGAUGACAGCCGGGCAGAGAUGCUCUCCGUGACGUUGAGAGCAAGGAACAACGACUGUCUUCCGCUGUGCAGCCGCUGUAUGUCACUUGAACAUGAUGAGAGUGCACACUUCUUGAAAGCGGUGCAUAGAGUACAUGCCUUCGAAUGACACACUUGCUUUUGACUAUUGAUUAUAUUCGGUGGAUUUUUUCCUACAUUUCAUGAAUUUUAUGAAGGUUCAGAUUGUGAAAUUUUAUCCUAAAAAUAAAAACUACACAAAAAAAGUGAAAACGGUAUCACAGCCAGGUAGAGUGGAAGUAGAGAGCACCAGAUUCAAGUCCUGCUUGGAAAGGGAAGGAGUUUUCUAACCAUACGUGCUGAGACCCAGAGGUUAUUGGAAACUCGUGGCACAACAUGGAUGCAGUGCGUAUGGUGUUCUGUCUUUGACCACUUUGUGGCGGGUCAGAUUUAUUCGUAGUACACUCAGACCUCGCUUAUCCGGUCCUCCUUUAUCCGGAUCCCUCGCAAAUCCGGAAGAAAAUCAUUGGUUACCGAUUUACAGCAUAAUUAUGUCAUGCAUACAUACAGUAUGUGCGUUCGGUUA